AUGUUAGUUGACAUACAGUACGGAGGAGUCACGUCGCACCGACGCUCUAUUAAAUUAAUUCUAAAGAUUAAAUAACAGCUACGAUGUUCAUUUACACUAUGGUGGCUGUGGCUGUAAUAGCCUAUGCUGAAGGCUACUCUGUGGGUGCUCCUGAAAGCGCUUGCAAAGAUAUGAUUCCAAGGCAUCCUGUACCGCCACAAAAAUCAGCGGCACCCUACGUUAUCACGACAAGUUCCACAGUGGUGAGAGCCGGAACCCCAUUGGAGGUCACAAUUUCUGGUGUGAAGCCGUCGGAUAAAAUGCGGGGUGUGCUUCUGCAAGCACGUAAAGGAGAGGAUAUUGUGGGGACCUUCACUGUCGAUCCCAAUGAUAACUUCGCUCAACUGCUCAACUGUGGAUCACCAGGCAAUGCUAUUACUCACAAGAAGCAUGAUCCCCAGUUCGAUAAGCAAUCUGCCACAUUCAUCUGGACUCCAUCUGAAAACUUAAGUGGAGAAGUUAAAUUUAGAGCAACCAUCGCACUCAACGGAGCUAUCUUCUGGGUGGGAGUUGAGUCUGCUCCCGUCACAAUCACUCAUUAACUUGCCUAUAUGUAAAUUUAAUUACUAAAUUAAUUUGUAAAGGUUUUACCAUAAGUAAAAAUUAUAUUUUUUUUUUUUGUAUGAAAUCAUUAUUUUUUUGUACAUACCAUGUUUCCUUAGUAAACUUUAUCUUUACCACAGAAUAAAUCUUUACAUUAUAUAUGAACAUGAAAAAAUAUAUAUAUAUAUAUUGUUCUCCAAAAUAAUGGAAUCCAUUAUAAACUGCCAGCUCAUGAGGUACCUUGAGGAUCACCAGCUGAUUAGUGACCGCCAGUACGGUUUUCGUCGAGGUCGAUCAGCUGGUGUCUUCUAGUCUAUCUGACUCAUAGAUGGGCGGAGGCAGUAGAGUCCAAGAGGGGGGCAUUGGCCGUUAGUUUGGACAUAGCGAAGGCCUUCGAACGGGUCUGGCACAAAGCGCUUCUUUCGAAGCUUCCUUCCUAUGGGCUUCCCGAGAAAUUGUGCAAAUGGAUCACCAGUUUCCUUGCUGAUCGGAGCAUCAAGGUCGUAGUAGACGGUGCAUGCUGAUUCAAGCCUAUCAUCUCUGGUGAUCCACAAGGCUGCGUGCUAUCACCAACGCUGUUUCUCCUGCAUAUCAAUGAUAUGUUGCUAACUGGCAGCAUUCAUUGCUAUGCAGACGACAGCACUGGUUUUGCCUUAUAUACCGGCCAUGCCAAUAUUUCUCGGGAAAACGUCGCUGAGUACCGGGACAAACGUGUGUCUGAAGUCGAGUAUUUGCUUAACAAAGUCUCGGAUUGGGGCCGACUAAAUCUAGUCCAGUUCAAUCCCCAGAAGACACAAGUUUGCGCGUUUACUGCUAAAAAGAACCCCUUUGUCGUAUCUCCUCAGUUUCAAGGCACUCCCCUUGCUGCCUCAGCUAGUAUCGGAAUCCUUGGCGUCGACAUAGUGAAUAGUGUGCAGUUUCGUGGUCACUUGGAAGGGAAGGCCAAAUUGGCCUCUAAAAAGCUUGGCGUGCUCAGCAGAGCGAGACAGUAUUUCAUGCCGGCACAUCGCUUGCAACUUUAUAAAGCGCAAGUUCGGCCCCACAUUGUUCUCAUCUCUGGGCCGGGGCGCCCCAGUGCCAGCUCCUUCCACUUGACCGCAUCCAGCGCAGAGCGGUUCGAAUCUUCGACGACCAAGUUCUUUCUGAUCGGCUCGAUACACUGGCACUGCGUAGAGAUGUUGCAUCUCUUUGCGUAUUUUAUCGCAUCUAUCACGGGGAGUGCUCUGAGGAAUUGUUCGGACUAAUUCCAGCCGCUCAAUUUCACCAUCGCACAUCGCGACAAAACUCGCGUUACCAUCAAUACCAUCUGGAUGAUUGGCGGUCCACCACUGUGCGAUUUAGAAGAAGUUUUCUCCCUCCCACAACUUCCUUGUGGAAUCAAUUACCACCAGCGAAUUUUCCGGACCGAUACGUCUUAGGAACCUUCAAGAAAAGAGCUUACACCUUUCUAAAAGGCCGGCAACGCAUCUGCAAUUCCCCUAGUGUUGCGGUUGUUCAUGGGCGGCGGUAGUCACUUACCAUCAGGUGAGCCGCAUGCUCGUUUGCCCCCUCUUCUAUAAAAAAAAAUCCUAAACAUCUUACAAUGGUAUAAUUAUUUUACCGUGUAGUGGCAGCGUAAUGAAAUCCGUCACUCUUUUCGUCCCGUAGUUAUCCUAUUUUUUUUUCUUUUUUAAAAUACGUUACCCCCACACUAGGAUUUUCUCCUGUGUCGUGAAGGCAGUUUACAAACAUAAAUUGCACAAGGACAAACAUCCAGAUCCGGAACAAUUAUUUGUAGGCCAUACAAAUAUUUGUUCCGUGCGAGAUUCGAACCCGCGGCCCCCAGCGCAACAACUGAUUGCUAAGCCACUGCGCCACGGAGCCGUCAAAUCCUAUCCAAUAUCCUAUGAAGCAACUGUGCGAAAUUCAAGAAAAAUCAACACGUUUACAUCAUACAGAUCCAAAUCGACAAAGAAAUGCAACUUCAAAUGUACGAAAUGUUUUGAACGUAUAUUUGUACUGUGAUCGCAAAUCCGACCUGUAAAGCAAAUAUCACUCCGUCCAGACGGGCAACCGGCAAUGAAUUUUGUGCAGUGAACAAGUGCAAUGCACAUGUUGUUCGUUGUAAAUUAUUUAAUAAGCAUAUGUGUACGUGAGCGCGUGUUCUUACAAUAAGUUGAGCAUGUUCUUGGCUUCAUUUUUGCGUCACUUGAACGCAUGGAACGCUCUGUCCGUCUUUCUUUGUUGGUCUGAGAUUAUAGAAGUAUUAGCUGACAAUGGAACCGCCGAAACUUUUCUAACAAAAUCCGAUGCAUGUAAAAUAAAAAAAAAUGACGGCUAUGUAGCACAGUAGCGUAGCAAUGUAAAAUGUUUGUCAUUGUGCAAUUUAUGUGUGUAAAUUGCCCCCAUAAGGGUCGGUUCGACCGCGGUAGGACCUCGCACAGAAAACCAGCGUGAAAUAGAAGCAUAAUGGUGAUUGGCGAAAUCCGAAUACCCUCUUUAUUGGUAACGAGGCAUUCAUUCCGAUCUUAGUCUUCAGGUGUUACAACGCAUCUGACGCAUCGAAUUACGAGAUAUGUGUUCCUCAAUACAAUGCAAUGACGUAGCAUGAGGGGCGAGCUGGGAGGGGAAACUACGAGGUAUUCCUGUCUUAAGCAAACUAAACUUCACUAGCAGCUAGUAGUUUGUCUAAGCUGCCGCUUAAUUUAUUUCUCUAUGAGUUUAUAGAAUUUAUUUAUUGUACUGGGUUUCCGUUUGAAUUGUAAGCGCGUAUCAUUACAGACUUCACCUUAGUCGUCUGGAGCGACAUUUGUGGACUUCUUUGUAAGAUGUUGGUAGCAGGUGUCCAAGGGAAUGUUACUUCUCCAAAAAUGUUUUUCCAUCAAUAUGUUAAUUUAUAGUCCUAAGAGCACCACCAAACCAACCAUCCUAUCCUAUCCAUGGAUGGUAAAUAGUGAUGUAAACGAAUAUGGUUUAGCGAGACAAAAGCCUGUUCACUUUUGCCUCAGACAUCCAGAUUAUGAUCGGCAGGAAAACAGGCGCUUAAAUUAUGUUUAACAUUCGUUAUGAAUGCCGAUGACAUGAUGAUGCUGCUCCAGUUACGAGUAAUUUCUCAGUAGUUGGAAGUAUGUGAAAUGAUAGAGGAAAUAUAAUUUUAAUUUUACUUUAUUUGAAAUGUAGCACCUAGAAAAUUUAUUUCUGAGAUCUUCUCAUAAAAAUCACCUCAAAAAAGAAUGGAUAGUUUAGGAACCGACACUUAUGUACAUUACUACACGUACAUAAUAUUUAAAAUUUUAAUCAAGCCAAUAUGUUAUUUUCAAUCGUGUCCAAAAUAAAAUUUAAACAUAUAUUUAGUUCUAAUAUAUAAAACAAUUAUGUUUCAUUUAAUUACAUAAAUAAAACUAUUGGCAGUUAUCGAAACUAUCCAUUUUAAGACGGAAUGAACUAAGUCUAUCAACAUUGACUUACAUCUUACUCCAUAAACCUAUAUAUUGCGGCAUGAUAGAAUACAUUCAUCCUACAGAUUACAAAAUACUUAUAAUAAAUGUGUAAUUAAAGUUAUAUGAAUUUAAAUUAAUUACAAAGCAAAUAUCAGUCCUUCGGGAUCCAAAGAAUCAGUCGUUCGGGUGAACAUUUAUAAAAAUCUACCAUAUAAUUUAUAUACAAAGUCUUCACAAGAAAAUGAUGUAAUGGUAUGGAAGUUGAAGUGAUAUAAUAUUACCUAUUUAAUAUGAGCAUUAUCAAUUAAUUAAAUACUGUAUAAAUGUAUAGAAACCCCUAAUUUGUAAUAUAGUACAAUUCCUUCAUUAUAGUCGUCAAAAAAGAUAUUGUUUACUCUACGCAUUGCAGUGUAAUAAAAUGUAGUGUGUGAUAUAUGGGCGCUUCCAUGGUGCACUGUUUUUGCUUACAUUUAAGAUAAACAAAGAAUUUUAAUGUACCUAAAUAAUGUAAAAAUGAGUCAAAGAUACAGAUAUUUAUAUACCAAAUAUUUAUUUUGAGAUCUUUUGUCGCGAUGAAACUGUACGGUGCUGAAAAAAGUGCACCACAAACUAAACAAAAAAAUCAAAAACUAACUUUAGCAACUAUUUAAUUUUUAUAAUUACUAGUGAUAAUAUUCAUGAUAAUUUUAACUGCUCACUUUUUCCUAUAUGACUGAUACAAUAUUGUGAUUAUCUUUUCGGGCAUUUAUUUAUUUACCUAACAUUUAUUUCCUACAGGUUUGUUAGUUUAUUUUUAAGAUUGGAACUCUGCAAAAUGUUUGUAUAGGUUUCAUAACCAGAUCUCAACCUACUUUUGUUUCAAGUUACCCCUAUUAUACGAUUAAAUUCGAGAAAGGUGCAAUUACAAAGGCAAUCACAUCCAGAAUGUAACCCUAAAUUAGAAACUUGUUCUUGCACAAAUACAAAUACUUCGUAUAGCGUGAUCGCGGAGUAGGAAGAAUUUCAAAUUGUUGCAAUCCAUACAAAUGUGAACUUUAAUAACUUGCGAAUGAACUCGGUUUUCGAAUCACAAAUACUAUUCAAAAGGUCCUAAAACUAUCUUAGUUGCAAUAGAAAUAAAACUUUUUAGGAUGGGAAUUAUUUAAAAAUGCAAAGUAAUAAAAAAAUUCCUGCUCCGCGACCGUGCUUUAGUGAAACACUGAGCGUUAAUAGGCCGAUAUAUUUCCAAUAAAAUAUAUACAUAAUAGGUAUAGUAUGUAUAUAUUUUUAUAUCAUAAAGUGUAGGAAUAUUUUUAAUACACAACAUUACAGUUGUGCAAUAUGGGCUAUAAAAUAUAGCGAUAGUGUACCUAUUAUAUCGGAGACCGAUAGUUUAAUCAGAAAGUUAUAUGAUGACAGAUGGUUAGACCAUUAGUUAAAACUAGUUGUUUCAACUGAACACCUAUCAUUUUAUUCGAAUUACAAUGACAUUUGGGCGGGCGAAAGCCAUAAAAAUAAUGAAAUAAACCAACAAAGAUUAUGGCAAAAUCAAGAUCUAUAAAAAUGAUCAAAAUUUAAUUUCUUUUUUGAUACAGUAGCGCUUAACGCUCACAGUUACUUCACACGAUGGCGUGAUUUUACGCAGCCUGGGCCACUGCCCAGAAAAAACGGAUUUGCCAACCAAUAUUGGUGUUUAAACUACUGGCUAACCACACACAUCAGCAAUUGCCCAGAAUAUCUGGUGUCCAGAACAACUGCUGUAGUAUGAAGUGUGUGUUCAUCCAAGUAUUACCACCAUAAUAAUCUGAGUCUUAAUUUAAGCAGUUAGCUUUAGAUGGGCUAUAAAAAAAAUUCUUCUUAGUAUGCAUUUUUAAAUAAUGUUAUCGUAUACCCAAUUUGCGGAAACGUACUGUAUUGAGAUCAAAUGUAGCAUUAUUAUUUUCCAAUUGAAAAAAUACACCUUUUUUUGAUGUUAAUUCAAAGUAAAACUAGUAGUAGUAUAAAAUAAGUACUCUAUAUGCAAAGAUGAAACUCUAGAAACACAUUUGACAACUAAGAUAUGUUGUACCUUCAUUGCUUCUUAUUUCCUUGGUACUCCAAAAAUUCUCAAUUGUUUUAGGAUAUCAUCCAGAAUAACGCAUAACUGACGAAUGUUUGGUUGAAAUUAUGUUGCGAAAUGGAUUAAAUGAAUUAUAAUACAGC